GGGAUGAUUAUUUAUAACAUGCAAAUCAAAGAGUAUUUUUAUUUUUAUUUUUACAAAUAAAAGAGUAUUUUAUUUCAGAAGCAAAUACCCAUUUUUGAUAUAUUUUCAACCCGUCCGGUUUCACCUCCUCUGUGCCAAACUAGCCGUGCACUGAUCCAGAUACUCUCAAAAACUAGGGUUUGGUUCUCACCGAAGAAGCACAAAGUGAUCGGCCAUGGACAGUGCCUUCGCGAGCGCCUCUGCCAUCAGCGAUCAGAGGCAAAAGAUCGAGCAGUACAAACUCAUUCUUUCCUCUGUCAUCACAUCAAAUGACAUCGCACAGGCCAGGAAAUUCAUCGAUCACAUGUUAUCGGACGACGUUCCUUUGGUGGUCUCGCGGCAACUUCUGCAAAUAUUCGCUCAAGAAUUGGGGAGGCUGAAGCCGGAGGCCCAAAAGGAAAUUGCUCAUUAUACCCUUACUCAGAUUCAGCCACGGUGUGUGUCAUUUGAAGAACAGGUGUUAGUUAUCAGAGAGAAGCUUGCUGAGUUGUAUGAGUCCGAGCAGCAGUGGUCAAAGGCAGCACAGAUGCUCAGUGGCAUUGAUUUAGACUCCACAAUGAGGGUUAUUGAUGAUACAUUCAGAUUGUCGAAAUGUGUCCAAAUAGCUCGUCUAUAUCUUGAGGAUGAUGAUGCUGUUAAUGCGGAAGCUUUUAUUAAUAAAGCCUCAUUCUUGGUUAGCAACAGUCAGCAUGAAGUAUUGAAUUUACAGUACAAGGUUUGUUAUGCUAGGAUUUUAGAUUUGAAGAGGAAGUUCUUGGAGGCAGCAUUACGAUAUUAUGACAUAUCCCAAAUUGAGAAACGGCAAAUAGGAGAUGAGUUGAUUGACGAGGAAGCAUUGGAGCAAGCUCUAUCUGCUGCUGUAACAUGCACAAUUUUGGCUGCUGCAGGUCCUCAACGUUCUCGUGUUCUGGCGACUUUGUAUAAAGAUGAACGCUGCUCAAAGUUGAAGAUUUAUCCUAUAUUGCAAAAGGUGUAUUUGGAGAGAAUUUUGAGAAAACCUGAAAUCGAUGCCUUCGCUGAAGAACUAAAAGCCCAUCAGAAAGCACUUUUACCUGACAAUUUUACUGUGUUGGAUCGUGCAAUGAUUGAGCAUAAUCUUUUGAGUGCAAGCAAGCUUUACACAAAUAUAAGCUUUGAUGAGCUAGGUACAUUGCUGGGCAUUGCUCCUCAGAAGGUACAAUUCUAUCUUGAUGCCAAAGUUCUAAAAUUGGAUCACCUUUGUCUCUUUAUUAUUUUAACUUUUAAAAGAUUUUUUAUGCAUUUCUAUUUUCAGGCAUGUUUGGCUAUUGCAUCAAUAAUGCCAGCCUACAUGCAUCCCCAUGGUCCAUAUGUUGUUCAUUGUCUAUUAUGUUAUACUAUCCCUAUUCUGAGGGAAGGGCUUGGGAAUACAAUGCUUGUAGCAUGCAUUGUCUAAGAUUUUGUGUGUCCCUUUCACUUUGUUUUGUUGUGCUGAUUCGAUCUUUAUCUAUUUUUGGAUCUAAACCACGAAAAUGUUAGAUUUUCCAGUACUCUUACAGAAUGGAACCAUUUUAGGAUGGUUCUUUGAUAGACCAGUUUGUACAUGAGCAAAAAGAUUGAUUCUAACUGUUCAGAUCUAGGAUUAAAUGUACGCUUUGAUUGGUUAUGUUUGUUUUGUUUCCUUCUAGCUCCUGUUUUGGAUGGGUGGAUGAGGUUCUUGAGCAAGGAUGAAAGUUUCCAUUUUUUUCGCGGAAAUUUCGCCGAAUUUUCGGGUUUCGGUGGCCGGCGAUACGAAAGAGGGGGGCGAAAUGUCGACGGGAGAAAUUUCGCCAAAUUUCUGUUAAAAUCGGCGAAAAAAUCACCGAAACAUGGCUGCAAGCAAAAAAUCGGUGAAAUUUCGGUUUGUAUCGUCUAUUUUUCGAGAAAUUUCCCGAUAUUUCCUACCAGUCCAGCCCGCGCACAGGAUACAAAAUCUGUCCAAUUUUUAUUUUUUUUUUAAAAAAAAACAUAAGAUGUUCCUUAGUAAUCUGAUCAUGACUUGCAGGCAAAGGUUGUUUUUCAGCCUGGCUCAAAAAUCGCGGAUUUAGGGUUCGUGAAAUUUAAAUCCAAUGGCACAAAAGCAAAGCGACCCUAGAACAGAUCAGAAAACACAGGGAGAAAAAAAAAAAAAAAACAAUUUUUUUGGUUUUCCUUGAGGGUUUUGCAUGGAUUUUCUCGGAAAUCAAACGAGGAUGAAUUUUCUCGGAAAUCAAACGAGGAUGAAUUUUCCCGGAAAUCGAAUGGGGGAUGGAUUUUCCCGGAAAUUGAAUGGGGGAUGGAUUUUCUUGGGAAUCAAACAGGGGUUGCAAAAAAAAAAAGGUAAUAAAUGAUUCGAUUAGAACCUGCGAGGAUUGAGAGUGAAAGAGCAAAUUGGGGCCGAUUCUCUCGUCCGGAGGGCAGCUUCAGUCAAGGGCUUUUUGAUGCCUGAGUGAGAGAAGCGGGUAUUCAGCAAAAGGCUUUUCGGAUGGGUGGCCUUUUGAUUUUUUAAAAAUUUAGUAGAGAUAAAAAAAAAAAAAAAUGGAAACAAAUCAUGACUCGAUGGUGAUGGUCCAAAAUGUGAUCCAACGAUCCAAAGUUAGCCCCAACAGAUAUGUGAUAAUAUAUACAAAUUAUUGGUAUUUAAUAAAAUCAAGUUAAUAUAUAUAAAUUAUUUGUAUUUAAUAAAAUCAAAUUUUGUAUGAAACUUGAUAAUAAAUGCAUAAUUACAAAAUUCAUAUUUUUUAUUAACCCACAUAAUAUAAUUACAUAUAAUAUCGCAAAUCAUAUAAUAUAUAUAUCAAAUUAUUCAACAAAAUAAAUUUAAAUUAUCUAUUAUACUUCUAAUUAUAUUGUUAUGAGGUUUUUUUUUACAUUUUUAUGAGUUUUGAUCAAUUUUUUGCCUAUCAAAAUUUUUUUUCCAAAAUAUCCGUCGAUAUUUCUCCGAUAUAUCCGAUAUAUCCGUAAAAUCAAGUUACCGAUAUAUCCGUGAUUACCGAUAUUUUCAUCAUUGUUCUUGAGCAUGUGGUUCAAGUAAUAUUUCCUGGUAUCAUGAUAUUGAUUGUCAAUGACCAUUUCCUUGUUCUUAUGGAUGGAAGCUAGUGAAAUGUUAGACUUUUGAGUAAUUUAACCUUGCACUGGUGAGUUAUCUUGGAACACUUGGUGCAUGAUCAAAAACUGUUUUGUGUUAAAGUUGAGUUAAUACACACUAGGGUUGCCUAGUGCUUGUUUUAUUUCAAACUUCAAUUUUUUCGACAGGUGGGUUUAGUUUGGUGAACAUGUGGUCAGAGUAAUAUAUCCUGAUACGAUGAUAUUGAUUGUCAAUGGUCAUUGCCUAGUGGUCCAGUUUUAAUGAAGGGUGUGCAUAUUGAGUAUGGAGUUUCUGCAACCUAGUAGCACUAUUACUUGUGACUGUGGCCUCUCUUUUAGGUUUUAUAUUCACAUGGUUAAUUAUGAGAGGCUACUUGGUCACGCAAAACUGCCAUCAGAUGAGAUUUGCAUGUGUUCUUGAAGUUUAUUUCCCUCUAGCAUUCUAGACUGGGCUAAUGUGCUCUUGGAAGCAAGUGAAGUGCUCUAGAAUACUAAUUAAAUGAUGCCACAGUGUUGCCUUGGGGGUUAGGUUGGAGGCUUCACAACUCAUGAUGGUAGAUAAGUAACUUUUGUGUUGUCUUGUCUUGUGUUUUCAUUCCUCCCGUUUGGAUGACUUGAUUUUCUGUUAUUUCUAGGUACUGGGGCUAUUAGUGUGUGGAAGGGGCCCCCAAGGCAAAAUGUCUGGUUUUUACACUCACUCCCUAUUUACUCUUGACCUCUCAAAACACAAUCCAAAAAGCUUGAAACCUUCUGACUAUUACUUGAUCUGUUAUUCUUUUCUGCUUCCCUCAAUAAAAGUUGAAGUUACUCUAGCUGAGAGGUGCUAUGAUGUCAAAACUGGGGGAGUUUUUGAGGUCCCAUUCUAACAUAGCUGAAUGGGCACUUCAAGGGAAUUAGUUCCCAAUUUAUCCUUGUGGAGUAAAACUUUCUUCCUAGCUCUACUCUUUUCCAUUUUCUCUAUGUACAGAUUCUAAGCUCCAUGGAGAUCUACCCUUGUAAAUCUUUUUGCUUAUCUUGCUUGGUUCAAAGUAUCCAUAGGGACUGUUACAACUUGGUGGAGGUUUAUCCUUAUUGGUCAUAGUUGUGACCAGUUCGAGAUGUGAGUUGAGUAUUGUGCUGUUCAAUAACAAUUCAAUCGCAACUCUUAACAUGAAUUAUUCGAUUCGGCUAACUCGGGAGAGGACUUCAAGUCACAAGAAUCUGACUUACAUCCAAUGCAAUUAAGAGGCAAAAAAAUAGAGAAUCUUUGUAUUUCUUGUAGAUUACCCACAUCAAUUAAGAGAAAAUAUCUUAAUCAUGACUAAGAAUAAGAAAUUCAAAAUGACUUAUUUACAAACAAUGAUUAACUUGUUGUCAAUCAUAUUUUAUUAUUAUUUUUUAUAUUGUGAAAAUAAUUUUUUUUCUCAUUCAGCAAAGUACAGUUUCUAUAUUUAUUGGUAAUUGAUAUAUCAAAAGAUAUAUAUAUAUAUACACACAUUUGCUUAUAAAAAAAAAAAUCUUUUGAUAUAUCAAUUACCAAAAUUUAUUAUUGGGUAUAAAAUUGAUAUAAUUAUGUAUUAAGACUUUUUUAUUUUUAAUAUUGUCAUGAAUCAAUCUCAAAUGUGAUGGAAUUUUUUUUAGUAGUUUGUCGAGUUCAUCUAAUUGUAAUGGAUUUUUUUAUUAGUUUGUUGGGUUCAUCUAAUUGUAAUUAUAUUUCUGAAAAUUUUCAUUAAUUUUUUAUAUUUUUUUAAUUAAUAUAUUAUGCAUACUUCCUAAGUCAGCUAUCGAUACUGCAACUUUGGACAAUGAUAUCCCGUCCAUAUCCUUUAUUUAUUGAUCUUCCCUUAGACCAUGUUAUCUUGUCCAUAUCCUUUAUUUACUAAUCUUCCCUUAUACCCAUACAUGCAAUUAUGUUUUUUCCAAGACUAGAAGUAACAUCAUUUUUUAUCUGCUUUCUCCCCGUAUCUCUUUGCUGUAAUUACUAACCCAACCUUGUACUUCUUGCAAUUCCACUUUGUCCAAGACAAUGUAACAUGAUUUUUUUUAUCUGCUUCUAACAAGAUCUCUUUCACUCUCUCUCAAAGACAUGUUAUACUUUCCAGGUGCUCUCCUCUUUGAUGUCAUAGAAGAAUAAAUUCCAUUUUUUCACUUACAAUAUAGAUUCUCUCUGUUGUCUGAGAGCCCCAGUGAAUCUGAAUCUUCUGGGUUAAUAUGUUCACUAUUGUUUAAAUACUUGGCUGGUUGUUUUUUACAGGCCGAGAAGAUAGCGUCAAGAAUGA